AACAACUUCAUACUCCUCCCACCCUCCUCUCUCGCCUAUCGCUUUGCGAAAAAAAAGCCCUUCUACGAAGACUUUGUUCUCAGAAACACUAACCCCAACCCUAACCCGUAAACCUGAGCUCCACCCAAAACCCUAGCUAGGUUUUGUCCUUCUCGCCUUCGAGGGCAAAUGGACGACGCCGACGGAGCCCUCAGCUUCGACUUCGAGGGCGGCCUCGACGCCGGCGCCCCCGCCCCCGCCUCCUCGGCGCCGACAUCCCUGAUGGCGUCCGACCCCACUGUUGCCGCGGCGAAUGCGGGGGCGGCGGCGGGCCCCGGCCCAAGCGAUCUGGCGGGCGGCGGCGGCGGCGGCGGCCCCGGCAGGCGGACCUUCCGGCAGACGGUGUGCCGCCACUGGCUCCGCAGCCUCUGCAUGAAGGGCGACGCCUGCGGUUUCCUCCACCAGUACGACAAGUCUCGGAUGCCGGUCUGCCGAUUCUUCCGCCUCUACGGCGAGUGCCGCGAGCAGGAUUGUGUCUAUAAGCACACCAAUGAGGACAUCAAGGAGUGCAACAUGUACAAAUUGGGUUUCUGCCCAAAUGGCCCUGAUUGUCGGUAUAGGCAUGCAAAGCUGCCUGGACCUCCACCCCCUGUUGAAGAGGUCCUUCAGAAGAUUCAACAUCUGAGUUCUUUCAAUUAUGGCUCUUCAAAUAGAUUUUAUCAGCAUAGGAACACUGGUUAUAACCAACAAGCAGAAAAGCCUCAAUUCUCACAAGGUUCUGCAGGAGCUAAUCAGAAUGCAGCAGUGAAACCACCGAUAUCAGUUGAACCACCCAAUGUACAGCCGCCACAAUCUCAAAUCCAGCAGUCACAACAACAACCACCACAGCCAACUACUGAGAACCCAGUGCAGAAUAUUUCAAAUGGCUUGUUGAACCAAGCUACUAGAACUGCUUCUCCACUCCCUCAAGGGCAAUCUAGGUAUUUUAUUGUUAAAAGUUGCAACCGGGAAAAUCUGGAAAUUUCCGUUCAGCAGGGUGUUUGGGCAACUCAAAAGAGUAAUGAGGCAAAACUUAACGAAGCUUUUGAAUCCUCAGAGAAUGUUAUUUUGAUAUUCUCAAUCAACAGAACUCGGCAUUUCCAGGGUUGCGCAAAGAUGACGUCUAAGAUAGGUGGAUAUAUUGGUGGAGGAAAUUGGAAAUAUGCUCAUGGAACUGCACAUUAUGGGCGAAACUUUUCAGUCAAAUGGUUAAAGCUAUGUGAGUUGUCCUUCAAUAAAACUCAUCAUCUCAGGAAUCCUUACAAUGACAACUUACCAGUGAAGAUAAGCCGAGACUGCCAAGAGUUGGAGCCUUUUAUUGGCGAACAGUUGGCGUCUUUGCUUUAUCUUGAGCCAGAUGGUGAACUCAUGGCAAUGCUCAUAGCUGCAGAGUCUAAACGUGAGGAGGAAAAAGCAAAGGGGGUUAGUACAGAUGAUGCAACUGAUAAUCCAGAUAUUGUCUUGUUUGAGGACAAUGAAGAAGAGGAGGAAGAGGAAAGUGAGGAAGAGGAUGAGAGCAGUGGCCAGGGUGCCCAAGGAAGAGGUAGGGGAAGAGGAAUGAUGUGGCAGCCGCACAUGCCACUUGGUCGUGGAGGGAGGCCGAUGCAUGGGGUCCGGGGUUUCCCUCCUGUCAUGAUGGGUGCUGAUGGAUUUGGUUAUGGCGAUUGCUUUGCUGCACCUGAUCCUUUUGCCAUUCCUCCUCGGGUUUUUGCACCGUUCGGGGGUCCAAGAUUUUCUGGUGACUUCUCAGGGACAGGCCCCAUGUCUGGGUUGGUUUUCCCUGGUAGGCCACCCCAGCCUGGCGCUGUUUUUCCAAUGGGUGGCCUUGGGAUGAUGAUGGGCCCAUGUCGGGCACCAUUCAUGGGUGGCAUGCCCAUGGGAGGUGCUGGCCGGCCCAAUCGUCCUAUGGGAGUAUCGCCUUUCCUCCAUCCGCCUCCACCCCCACCCAACAGCAGGGCUGUGAAGAGGGAUCAAAGGAGACCGGCAAGUGAUAGGAGUGACAGACAUGAUCCGGGAUCAGAUCAGGGCAGCAAGGGUCAGGAAAUGACAGGACCUAGCAAUGGAAUAGAUGGUGAUAUGGCGUACCAUCAUGGUGCUAAGGUCCAACCUGAGGAUAAAUUUGUUGCUGGAGACAGUUUCCAGAAUGAUGACAGUGAGAGUGAAGAUGAGGCAGCACCAAGACGGUCAAGGCAUGGUGAGGGAAAGAGGAAGCGCCGGGUGUCUGAGGGGGAACCAGCCCCAGACCGCUAAGAGAUGCCUGUGACUGAAUGUCAGAAUCACUGAGUUUUACUAACGUUUUUGCUUAUAUUUGUGAUCUGGUGAGUGGUACAGGGUUAUUUUUUGAAUUAUACCUGAAUUAACCACCCUCUUUUAAUACUUUGUUCUCAAGCUCUGGAGCCUCCUGUUAAGAAAGAUGGGGGGUCGUGGAAGUAGGCUCGCGAGGAUAAUGCAUCAGAUGAAUGGGAAGCGUUCGGAAGAGUUUGAUGGUUGUGUAAUAUUAUCAAUCAGAAGAUUGUAGGCUCAGAGAUGAUUGAAAUGAUUGUGUUAUUGGACUAUGUACAGCAUGAUGGUAUAUGAAUGUGUACAACAAUCUGAAAAUUCUUUUCUUGUGUUGAGAUCUUGCCAGCUACAACCAGUGGCUGUAAGUUUAUGGUGUAAAGCUUCCAUUAUCUGAAGCAUGGUUGAGCAGAUUCUGUUUUCAUUUUUCAUUAUGAGAGUGCCAUAGAAAUUAAUUAUGAAUAAU